AUGGGUCGCUCCUCUAAAGACAAACGGGACAUUUACUACCGACUGGCCAAAGAGGAGGGCUGGAGAGCGAGGAGCGCUUUCAAGCUGCUGCAGCUCGACCAGGAAUUCAACCUGUUUACAGGUGUGAACAGAGCAGUUGAUCUGUGUGCAGCUCCAGGCAGCUGGAGUCAAGUCCUCAGUCGCAAACUCAGAGGGCAGGAGGAGAAAGGUGAGAAGGCUGAGGGGGGUGAGGAGGUGAAGAUCGUGGCGGUGGACCUGCAGGCCAUGGCUCCUCUACCAGGAGUCACUCAGAUCCAAGGAGACAUUACCAAAGUGUCGACAGCUCAGGAGAUCAUCCGCCACUUCGAGGGUCAGCCGGCCGACCUGGUGGUUUGUGAUGGAGCUCCAGACGUAACCGGGCUCCAUGACGUGGACGAGUACAUCCAGGCUCAGCUCCUAUUGGCUGCUUUGAACAUCACGACACAUGUCCUCAAACCAGGAGGGACGUUUGUGGCCAAGAUCUUCAGAGGUAAAGACGUGACUCUGCUGUACUCUCAGCUGAAGAUCUUCUUCAGUGGUGUUACCUGCGCUAAGCCUCGCAGCAGCAGGAACUCCAGCAUCGAGGCCUUCGUGGUGUGUCAGAAUUACUCACCUCCUGAAGGUUAUGUCCCCAACAUGUCCAACCCUCUGCUGGAUCAUUCCUACGAUGUGGACUUCAACCAGUUAGAGGGUCCCAACCGCGUUAUUGUUCCCUUCCUGGCGUGUGGCGACCUCAGUGCCUUUGACUCAGACAGGACCUACCCUCUGCAGCUGGACGCUGGUAAACAGUACCAGUACACGCCGCCCACCCAGCCGCCCAUACGCCCCCCCUACCAGCAGGCCUGCCACCUCCGCAAAAACAACCUGCUGUCCAGAGAGGACGUGCUGUCCAACUGUCCCAACCAGAGCCAGGAGGAGACGGAUCCACCGGCCGAGUCCACCUAA